UGAAUCUGAUGAGGCAUCCCUGGAGCGCGCAGCGUAAUUGCAGGUGGAAAGCCUGGGAAGCAAGAAGCGAUAUAAGCAGGUGUCAAGCCGGGUUCAGGUUCAUGAUACGUUCCGUUUUUCUCCUGGAUUUCGGUUGUUUUUGUGUGUUUGUGUCCCCCCCGCCACCUUCGAUGAUCUACAAUGCAGACCUCAGCUUGGCUCGUCGGUCGUUGCGCUCUCAUCCUCUGCGCGCUCCAGCUGAUGGACGGGGCGAAAGGACAGAAGCAGUGUACUGAGACUGAUUACUACUUUGAGUACACGGAGUGUGACAGCACAGGAUCUCGGUGGAGAGUGGCCAUCCCACAGCACCCUGGGGCCUGUACUGGACUACCAGCGCCAGUGCGAGGCACAGAAUGCACCUUCUCGUGUAAGGCUGGAGAGUUCCUGGAGAUGUCAGCUCAGGAGUGCACUCAGUGUGCAGCAGGAAGCUACUCCCUCGGUAGCGGUAUCCGCUUCGACCAAUGGGAUUACAUGCCUAUUGGAUUUAGUAGCCUAGCAACCACCCUGGAGAGCAGCCUACCGGGUUAUAACAGCCUCACCUGUAACAGCUCUUCCUGGGUUCCUCAGGGAAACUAUCUGGAGUCCAACAGGGAUGAAUGCACAGUCUCUCUCAUCUAUGCUGUGCAUCUGAAGAAACAAGGCUCAGUUAGCUUUGACUACCAGUAUCCUGACAGUAACCUGCUAUUUGAGUUCUUUAUCCAGAAUGACCAGUGUCAAGAAAUGGAUCAGUCUGAUGACAAGAAGUGGCUCAAGCUCACCAAGCAUGGUGAAUGGGCAACUCAUACGGUGAACCUGAAAUCUGGCACCAACAUCCUUUACUGGAGGACUGGUGGUGUUGCGAUGGGAAAAAAAGUGGUGAAUCCUGCACUGCUGAAAAAUAUUCAUAUUGAGGGUGUUGCCUACACAUCAGAGUGUUUUCCGUGUAAGCCGGGAUCUUUCAGUCGAGUCCCUGGCUCCUCCUCGUGUGAACCCUGUCCUCGGGACACCUAUUCUGGCCAUGGUGCCAGUUCCUGCACUCCCUGUAACACCAGCACUCAGUAUGCAGCUGAGGGAUCUGGCUCAUGUAAGGACAGACCUCCCUGUUCCAUGAAGGAUUAUUUCCAGAUCCACACAGCUUGUGACCAAGAGCGCAAGACACAGGUCAUAUAUAAGUGGGUUGAACCUAAGAUCUGUCUUGAGAAUGUGACUGGAGCUGUGACAUUGCCUCCAAGUGGAGAACGAGAGCCCUGCCCCCCCUGUAACCCUGGUUUCUAUAACAAUGACACGGCCACAUGCUCACCAUGUCCACCUGGGACCUUUUCCGAUGGCAUGAAACCAUGUCAGCAGUGUCCUGCAGGCUCUGAGCCCACCUUGGGUUAUGAGUACAAAUGGUGGAAUGUUCUUCCUUCUAACAUGAAGACUUCCUGUUUUAAUGUCGGCAAUUCCAAGUGUGACAGUAUGAAUGGUUGGGAGGUUGCAGGUAAUCACAUCCAGGCUGGAGCCGGAAGCUCUGAUAAUGAUUACCUCAUCCUCAACCUCCAUGUUCCUGGAUUCAAGCUUCCUACUUCAGUGUCGAGUCAUUCAGGGGAAGAAUUUGGUCGCAUUACAUUUGAAUUUGAAACUUCUUGCACAGCUGACUGUGAGCUCUACUUCAUGAUGGAUGUAAACAGGAAGAGUACAAAAAUAGUGGAGUCUUGGGAGAAAAACAAAACAAGGCAAACCUACACACACAUCAUGACAAAGAAUGCUUCAGUUUCCUACACAUGGGCCUUCCAGAGGACUAACCAAGCUUCAGAUGUACGACAGUAUGUCAAAGAUGUGGCGCGAAUCUACUCCAUCACUGUGAGUAACGCGGUGGAUGGAGUGUCCUCUAGCUGUCGGGUUUGUGCCCUCGGUGCACAACCGUCCAGCUCUGCGUGUGUGCCGUGCCCACCUGGGCAUUACAUAGACGCAAGUACGAGCCAGUGCACAGAGUGUCCACCUAACACAUACCUGAUGCCUCACGCUGCACCAGGCCCUGAUGCCUGCAAAUCCUGUGGACCUUCCAGCAAAAGUGACAAGGAGCACAGCUUAUGCUAUAGUGACUGUCACUUCACCUACACAGAAGGCAAUGCCACUCUGACUUUUGACUUCAGCUCACUUGGGCCAGUGGGGUCACUGAUGAAUGGCCCAAGCUUUACCUCAAAAGGAACCAAGUACUUCCAUCACUUCAAUAUCAGUAUCUGUGGAGGAAAGGGUCAGUUGGCAGUAUGUACAGACAAUGUAACAGACCUAUCCAUCACCGACUCCCAGAGAGAAAAGGAAGGCCCCAAUGCCAUCACGACCUUCAUCUGUCAAUCAACAAUAAUCCCAGCUAGUGGACGAGGAUUCCACACAGCCCUCUCCUCGCAGUCCAUUAACCUGGCUGACACAUUUGUUGGGGCAACUGUGGAUAACAACCUUGAAGGAAUAAGUGUAACACCAGAUCUGUUUUCCAAGACCUCCAAGAAAGUUCCUGAUGUCAACUUUUACUACAGGUCUUUGGAGACAACUUCAUCUUGCGAGUCGGGUCGGAGCGUGGUGGUGACACUUCGCUGCAACCCAUACAAGAGCACUACGGGGGAGCUCUCAGUACCCAGUCAGUGCCCUGCUGGAACGUGUGAUGGUUGCACCUUUCAAUUCUUAUGGGAGAGCUCAGGGGCUUGUCCUACAUGCACAGAAAGAGACUACCAUCAGAUAGAGGGAGUCUGCAAGGGAGGAAAUCAGGACUUGCUGUAUGUGUGGAAUGAACCAAAGCUGUGCAUGGGUGGUGUGCCCUUGCCUGCUAAGAAAACACAGACCUGUGAGGGCAUUGAGUUCUGGAUCCAGCUUGGUGCAGGACUGGGAGCUUUCACUGCAGUGUUGCUCGUUUCCCUGACCUGCUAUUUCUGGAAGAAGAACAAACGGUUGGAGUAUAAGUACUCCCGGCUGGUGAUGUCUGCUAAUAAGGAAUGUGAAAUGCCAGUGGCUGACAGCUGUGCUGUGAUGGAGGGGGAGAAUGAGGCAGACAUGGAGGAUGAAGUUGUAUACACAAAACCUUCUCUACUUGGAAAACUCAAAGCCAUAGCAUCCAAGAGAAAUGGAGAUAACUAUGAAAAUGUGCAGCUAAAUUCGGCUCAUUCCAAAACAUUGGUGUGGAGCUAGAGUGGAAGAACCGUGAAGGGGGCUGAGGGGAGAAAUCAGACCUUCAAGAGACUUUUCCCACUUUGUGACCCCUAUCUAACUAUCCCCUUUAUAAGCUUUGAUACCUGGAACACCAACUGUUUGUAUGUGCACACACAUAUAGACACAACAUCAGAGCCAUGCUCAAACGAGUCACACUAACCUGGUGGCCUUAAAGCUUGGUACGAUGGAGCUGUCCAGUUAAAGACUGUGAAGCAGGUGUGUGGCUGACACUUCCUGAUAGCUGUCUGAUUCUAAUUUAUUUCAGGAAAAAAUUGAUAGAAGAGCUCAGGGUAAGACAAAGACCUAUUUAAGAUGUCCUGUUUUGCUAUUUUUCUCUCUUCAGUUUGCGUAUCGUCCAAUAUUUCGUUGAUACCUGUGGUAUAGUUCAUCUUCAGGAAAGCUAUGAUUUGCCUUUCCAUAUCCCACAGAUGUUUACACAGAUUGGUUUAUUCUUUUCAUGUACAAUCAUUAUCUUCUCAUGUUUUUGUUGUUGUUGUUUUUUUUUUUUUUUGAAAUUAUAUAAUGAAGAGAACUACUGAUCAGUUGAAAUUUGAAUUUGCCAUAUUCUGUUUGGGUUGUGGUGUGGACUGUCCAUGUACUUCAAAUAAAUCAUGAUGUAUUUAUGUAUAA